GCGAAAAUGUUUCUAUAUCUAUUAAUUAUAUCUAUUAAAGGAAAUAUGAUAGUAUUGAGCCUAUUUAAAAUGUUAUUCGUUUCUGGUCAUCACAUAAAAAGAGACAGAUGUGUGCGUGGAUCUGUGAGCGGAAGGAGGGGAGCUCAUAUAAAGCAACUCUUCUAGGAAGAAACGCAAUGCUUCAGAAGCUAAUGUUACGCGAGAACGUUCUACCAUCUAGUCUCUCAGUUGUCCUAUUUAUUUAUUUUGCUAUAAAAACAAUUCGUAUCCUGUUUUGAUAUAUUGCUGUAAAAUCACUUGCUUAAUAUUAUUUUAAAAUGUGUGACGACGACGUAGCUGCGUUGGUAAUUGACAAUGGAUCUGGAAUGUGUAAAGCCGGAUUUGCCGGAGAUGAUGCUCCUCGAGCUGUGUUUCCCUCUAUUGUUGGAAGACCCCGAUAUCAGGGAAUUAUGGUCGGCAUGGGACAAAAGGACAGUUACGUAGGUGACGAGGCGCAGAGUAAACGGGGAGUGCUCACUGUUAAAUAUCCUAUAGAGCACGGUGUUGUUACUAAUUGGGACGACAUGGAGAAGAUCUGGCAUCAUACAUUCUACAAUGAAUUAAGAGUCGCGCCAGAGGAGCAUCCCGUUUUGUUGACGGAGGCUCCCCUAAACCCCAAGGCCAACCGCGAGAAAAUGACGCAGAUCAUGUUUGAGACCUUCAACACUCCAGCUAUGUAUGUUGCCAUUCAAGCUGUCCUUUCUUUAUAUGCGUCAGGACGUACGACUGGCAUAGUGCUGGACAGCGGUGAUGGAGUGUCUCAUACAGUGCCGAUUUACGAAGGAUACGCUUUACCUCAUGCGAUUUUACGCUUGGAUCUAGCUGGCCGCGACUUAACAGAUUACCUGAUGAAAAUUCUGACCGAAAGAGGCUACACCUUUACAACUACCGCUGAGCGUGAAAUCGUGCGUGACAUCAAGGAGAAGCUGUGUUACGUUGCCUUAGACUUUCAUUGUGAUAUAGAGACUGCAAACGACCUAGAAAAGAGCUAUGAAUUACCGGAUGGCCAGGUCAUAACAAUCGGUAGCGAGCGUUUCCGUUGCCCGGAAGCAAUGUUUCGGCCAAGUAUAUUGGGCAUGGAAUCUUGCGGCAUACACGAGACGACGUAUAAUUCGAUCAUGAAGUGCGACGUCGACAUCCGUAAGGAUUUGUACGCUAAUUUGGUGCUUUCGGGCGGCACUACCAUGUAUCCGGGCAUCGCCGAUCGGAUGCAGAUAGAGAUAGCGAAGCUGGCGCCACCAACCAUGAAGAUCAAAGUAAUUGCGCCGCCUGAAAGAAAAUACUCUGUGUGGAUCGGCGGCUCGAUCCUCGCUAGUCUCAGUACGUUUCAGCAGAUGUGGAUUUCUAGGCAGGAAUACGACGAACUAGGACCGUUUAUCGUGCACAGAAAAUGCUUUUGAGAUGCCAUCAUCCAGAACGCUUUUCAACCGAUCCUUAGUGGACCUUAAUACGCAGGAUAACUGAUUUAUUUAUUUUUUCCUCUGAAUAAUUUAUUUCCUAAAUAAUUUUCUUUUUACAUAUUAUCUCACUCUUCACUCUUCUUGAAAAAUAAUUUUUAUUUAUCGAUAAUUUUCUUACUUCUUGAUAAAGAUAUGUAGAGCAUAAACUCACAGUAAGUGAAGUCUAUAUCUCAUCAUCGUCGAUUCUCGUUUCAUUGCAUUCGCACGCGCAAGCUUUAAAGAUGAAUUAAAAUCUAAAUUAGGGAAUUUGUAUACAUCGAACAGAGCCAUUAAUUCAAUGUCCUUUUUUAUUUCUAAAAUGUACUCGAUGUUAUAUUACAUAAUAGGACGUUUAAGGCGAAUGUGACAUUGGAGAACCUAGUUCUCCCUACGUCCUUCUUAGAAACUUUCAUACAACUUUUGACACACAGUACAUCUGCCGACGUAACAAAAUUCUCUCUGUUGACGCAUAUACAUUAAAAAAUAAUAAUUUAUAUAUUCUUUUUCUCAUAAAGCAUAUAUAUUUAUGUGUCGUAUAUAUUUAUAGAUGUAUGUACUAAGAACUUAAUAAUUCCACAGCUAAAAAAAUUGUCAUUUACAAGAUAUUGAUAAUUACAUUCGUCGUAUCGUAGCAUCAAAUGCUGUUUUGUUCAUGAAAUUCUAAUAGUUUUCAUGGACGGUUAAUAUAUUAUUUUACAGAACGGGGUGUCCCAUUUAAAAGGAUCCAUUCAAAUAUCUCAGAAAUACUGUGUUUUAGUUCAAGAAGAACAUAAGAUGGACCUUGCCUUGACAACGUCAUCCAAAUUAAUAUUAUGUUCCCCUUAAAGUAAAAAAACUUUUGUCUAAAACAUUUUUCAAUUUCUGUGAUAUUUGAGGUGGAUCCUUUCAAAUGGGACACCCUAUAUAUACAUCUUAAAAAUAAAACGUAAAAAAUCUAUCUCUAAGGAAAAAUAUAUACAAUUUUUAUCUUUAUUCAUCCGAGACAAAUUAUUAUGGAUCAGACACCAUAUAUAAAAAAUUAUUUGAUAUUCGGCAGAUUGAAUAUGCGAAAAUAAUGUUGGCAUCUGCUCAAAUUAUUAUUUACGUCGAUCCGUUACAUUCGUAAGACUACUUUAUUUUCACAAAUAAAAUCGAAAUUAUGAGAAAUCAUCUCCGAUCAAAUGUGAUAUACAUAUAUAUACAUAUACAGGUUGUUCUGUAAAGACCGGAAUCAAAAUAUUGAGACUAUAACAGGUUUUUAACUAUAAGCAUUUCAAGUUAGCAAAUUAUACCGCCUAAAAUUUGCGCGUUUGAAUAACGACACAAAAUGCUAAAAAUGAAAGCUAAUUAUUGCCUCUUAUAAAUAUUUCAAAUUAUUAAUAUUUAUUAUAUUAAAAGAAAUAUUUUCCCCUCGGCACUUUGAUAUUAGAAUUUUCGUCUUAAAAUGACCUUAAAAAUCUCCCUUUAAGCGUUGUUCCGAUUUUUACGGAAUACCCUGUAUAUAUAUGUAUGACAGAACUGCAAAAUAAUUGUCAACAAAUGCAUCAAUAUUUAAAGAUACCACGAAUGAAAAAUUUACAUACAAUUUUAUUUAUUAAAUAUAUAAUACGCACCAUGUCAGUAUAGUUAAAUUUAAUCGAACUAAAUUGUACUAAAAUCGUGUUAAAGAACCUUGUGUCUCAGAUCAGUAAAAUUGAACUAUUACUCGCGAUAUCAAUGAUUUUACAAUUGUUUACGAUGUCUCUUCUUCUCCGCUUAUAUUUCUCGGAUUUUAAUGUUCAGCGUUCAACAUGCUUGGGAGCAAAAAUAGCAGAUGAUAUAACAAUAUCGAUGUCGCUUAUGUUGCUUUAUAUUAAUCUUAUUAGUAAUCCAAUAGGUGUACAGCAUACAGAUUGUAUCAAAAGACGAUCCAGUUUCUUUUAGUUACAAAUUUUCUUGACGUUAAUGUUUCCUUUAUGAAAAGUUCAUGCAAAUUAUUUCAUUAGGCCAUCAAAUUUUCAUGAAGGAAAUGUUAAUUUUGUCAAAAAAUUUGUUUGAGGAAGCGCGUAUUUUCUGAAACAUUCUAUACAUUUGUACUGUCAAUUUUGGAAGUUAAUCAAACGCAAUUCGGCGGCAAUGCUUAAUUUUUCAAGAAUAUGUACCAUUAUGAUGUUAAGUUUUAAAUUAUUAAGAAAUGCAGAAUUUAUAAAAUAUCAAAAGGAGCUACACAAAAUUUAAAAAUUCAUUGUAUUUUCUUCCGCUUUGUCUUACAAUGUAUUUUUAUCAAGUGUAUAGUAUUAACAUACAUGGUAGUUAAUGAUUUUUUAAUAAUUAAUAACAAAGAAUGUGUUUAAUUACAAAAGUAAUAUAAAGUACUCCAUAUAAUUGAAGCAGUAAAAAAGUUUUGCAAAUAUCAAUAUUGUCAACUCACUGAAAAUGAAACAAAAAUCUAGUCUGGAGUUGAAAAAUGUUCAAUAUGCCGGAUGGAUACUUCGUUAUGGUAUGUGAUAUCUAUUCAUAGUUAUAUAAAUAAAAUGACCAACACCGAGUACAAAAUAUAGAAUAGAUGUAUCAAACAAAUAUUGACGACGAAUUUACUUAAAUAAAAAAAUGUAGAAAAAAUA